UAACUGAGGAUGCUGUGCCUGGCUGUGUCUGCUGCAACAUUGAUCAAGACAGCAACAUUGACCACUCUGAGGGGUGGAGACACCUGCACUAGUAAAUGGUCUGAGCCGUAACAUUUAGUGUUAUACCUGGAGAGGAUUACUUCAGGAUGGACUUCUGUGCAGGAUGUCUGACUCCACGAAUAUCUUCCAGCAAGCCAGGAGCAGAUGGCCGGGAAGUCAGUAAUUUGAUAAGUUGUGACUUGGCUGCUAGAAGAAAAGGAUUUAUGGGAGAAUAUUUCAUAACACCACCUGUCGAUAUAUCUAUAGAAUUUUCUGUACCUAUUGACAUUGGUCAUAUUAAACUGGGAGCUAGACUAGAACACAUGUGUAGCACUGGCUUCUCUGUAUUCACUGCACCUGAGGAAGUCACACAGUGCCAUCAACACUCUAAAGAGUGUGAUGAAUACCCUCUAUCAACAAGUUUUGAAUCAUGUUCCCCGGUAUCUCUCUAUACAUCUGGACCAUCAUCUGUCCACUCCACAAGUCUGUACUCCAAAAAUGCAUCAUCUGAUUUUGUGAAUAGAAAAGCACAGUCAUCAGAAAAUAGAGAUGACAAAAUUGAUGGCAUACAGUUUUGUGUUGGCAAGUAUUAUACACAAGGUGAAGAUCAUAUUUACUUGAGGAACCCUUAUUAUAAACAUUGGAUGAAUAUUUCUUUACCAGCAAUUAAUGAGGGAAGCAACGGGUCAAGCAUUUAUAAUGGUUCUCUCAGACAUUCAAACAGACAAGCCCUUAGAUGCGUGAAGAACGUAGUAAUAAAAAUUUUACAAACAUCUGUGAAAGGUCCACCAGUUUUGUGCUUUGUUGAAAUUUGGGGACAGCCAGGUAUAAGUACUGGAAAAAUUGAAAGGAAAGAGCUACUUCAAAAAUGGGCUAGCCGGAAGAAAAUUGAAGCUUCUUUGCCACUUGUGCCACGAAUGUACAAUUCAGACCCAGAGGAAAGCAAGACAGAAACUCCCAUCAGUGAAACUUUACGCAUACAAGACUCACUGGAAAUACCAGAGGACUUCCUUGACCCCCUGACCUGUGAAGUGAUGACAGUGCCGUUACUCCUACCCUCGGGUCACUCCAUAGAUGCUCACACCCUUGACAGGUUUGCUGCCAAUGAGGCCAUAUGGGGACGUACAGCUUCAGAUCCUUUCACAGGUGUUCCAUUCAAAGCAGGAUUAAAACCAAUUCCUAAUGUUCCUCUGAAAGCACGAAUUGACAGGUUUCUGCUGUUACAUACCAACCAUCCAGAAGUUCACAGAACUGCUCGAACUGUUGGUUCUGCUCACAGUUUGAGCAGCCACUAUAAUUCAAGUCAAGACAAGUCAAAAGCUCAAGAACAAAACAGUUCAUCUCUCACUUAUAAUAGAAAAAGAACAGUCAAAGAUAAGAUGCCAGAUGAAUUUGAGCAUCAUAAAAAAAUUUUAAGAGGACAUAAUGAUGGUGCAAUAACUAGAGACCUAAAAGAUAUUUCCUCGGUUAGAGUGACAGCGAUGUAAACAAAGUUGCUCAAGGCACAGCAGACACAUUGCAAGCUGAAGUUGAAGCAUUUUUACAGGGAAAACCAAAGUAUGUUCCAACAGAGAAAAGUACCAGUAAUCAAAAUAUUUGUGAUAAGCAGGAAACUAAGAAAGUUGCUGAUAAUUUUCAUUCAAAGUAUCAUUCAUUAGUUGCUAAAUCCAGUGCAAGUAAGUUUAGGUCACAAGCUUUGAAUAGUACAGCUGCAUUAAUAAAGAGCCAAACACACGUCUCUUGGCAUGGAAAAGGGAUGUCAAAUGGCAAUCAUGGUCUGGUACAGAUGAUUGGUGGGGCUUUAUCUGUAACUCAUGGGAGGACAGUACAGACAAGAAGUAUUCCCAUUCAUAGAUCAAGUUCAAAGCUAACUAGUCUAGUUCAUGGUGAUUGUAAAAUGCCACACUUUGACCUCACCCCCCUCAGCUCUGCUAAGUGUUCAUGUGGCAAGCAACAGGCACUGUAUGAUCUGUCCUGUCACCACGUUAUGUGUCGAACCUGUUUACUACAAAAUACUAACGGCCCACAAGUACAGUGUUGUGUAUGUAAAAAAGUGUGUAAAAGGUUAGAUGUUUCUAAGCAUCAUGAGAAAAGUAUUUUUUCUUGAUAGCCAAACAUUUGUAUAUUGGUUGAAGAAUGUGUGUGGGCUGACAAGUGGGGGUAGAAAAGCUAUAUAUUGUAGCAAUAGAUCUUUUAUUGUUACAGUGUUUCACUUACAAGAGGCUUUAUUUAUUUCCAAGAUGUACAUAAUUAAUGACUAUGAUAUCAGCAUACUUCUGGCAAGACAGUGGUUGAAUGCAUUUCCUCAUUUUCAGGUUAUCAUGCAUGGCAGGUAUAUUAAACAAAAAAAUUAUUUCACACAUUUUAAUUUGUUUAUGUAUAUCAUUACAUGCAAGCUAAAACCAGAACUUAAAACUUCUUGACUUUGUAUAGUUUGUUACUUUAUUUGAAUGAUAAAUUUAAUAUAAUUAAGUUGUGUGGAAUUAGCUACAAAAAUUAUAGUAACAUAUUUACAUAGGACUUCCCUGGAGAAUCCACUCUCUCCAGACAUCCUUAGUACAUGCCCAUGUAACUCCCAACAAAUUAGUAUUAUACCUCACUAUAAGCCUAUAUAUAUCCUCUGUGUCGGUGUAUUGUUUGUAACGGCUUGAUAAAGCUCCUGGAGAGCGAAACAUUGUCACAAUAAAAUAUCACAGUAGUUGCAUUUGUGUCCUUUUACUUAAUAAUAGUAACAUUGAGGAGUCUGUUGAUGUUGUUGGCCUCCCUUAAUCUCAAGUUGUUGAGGUUCUGGAAAUAUAAACACAUAUGCAGUAUAAUGUGAUCCUUUAUUGACAACGUUUCACUCAUACAGUGGGCUUUAUCAAGCCACAAACAGAUAUACCUGGGUGGGAAAUCGGGUUGAGAAUGCUGCAUGUGACAAUCUACCGAGUAGGGUUAUAGUCUAAUGCAGUGUUAUUCACUAAUUUUUGCAAGAGAGCCACUUCGGUUAAAUACAUUGAUUGAGAGAGCUGAAGCUACUGCAAGUUAGUAUAACUCAAUUAAAUUAAGUAGUACUGAGCUGCUAGUGCAAUAUAGUAAAUGAGAAAAAGUAGACAUGAGCCGUGAAUUGAGUCCUCGUGAGCCGCACAAUGAAUAACACUGGUCUAAUGCCUUGGGUAGCUUGGAAGAGAGAUUGGAUAUGUAUAUGAGUAGACUUUCUGCAGUGUUCCUCCAUUCUUAUGUGGGAUAGCGAUGAAGAAGUUUCUUGGCAAGGGGUUCAGCUACAUUAUAGAAGACGUUGUUGGAUAUAGAGAUAAGUGAUGAUUCCAGGAUUCUUCGGUAUUGAGUGUUGUCUUCUCUGGCAAUAAGUCUUGCGUUUCUGUAGUUGAUUAAAUGGUUGUGUAAAUUUCGGUAUUGAACACAGGCAUUCUUUAAAUUGUCAGAUCUGCCUGCGUAUUGGUGUUCUGAAAUAUAUGUUUGGAGGUCUCUUGAUGUUUGCCCACGUAUAAUUUGCUGCAGUCAUUACAAGUUAUUAUGUAUACCCCUCCAGAGGAUGGAAGCUUGUCCUGUCUGUUACUGGUUAUGUCCUUGAUGAUCGUGGUUGUGGAGGUAGAAACUGGGAAUGAGGUUUUGGAAACCUGUUUGGCAAUGGAGUUGGUGGGGAGGACUAUAUAUCUCUUCUCUGGGUGUGUUGAAGAUGCUUAAUGCCUGUUGUCUGCAGUCUGUGAUGAAGUGACGAGGAUAGUGAAGAAACCUACCAACCAACACGAUCUUCUCCACGACACCAAAAUUAAACUUGGUGUAAUUAUAGGCUUUUUCCUGCAUGCACUCAGAAUCUGCAGCAAUGAGUUCCUUGAAGAAGAAUGCACUAUAAUUGAACAAGUAUUUUCCAAACUUCACUAUCCUUGUCACUUCAUCAGAGACAACGGGCAUUAAACAUCUUCAACACACCCAGAGAAGAGAUAGAUGGUCCUCCCCACCAACUCCAUUGGCAAACACAUUUCCAGUACCUCAUUCCAAGUAUCUACCUCCAUGACCAUCAAGGACAUUACCAGUAAUAGACAGGACAAGCUUCCAUCCUCUGCAGGGGUAUUCAUAAUCCCUUGUAAUGACUGCAGCAAAUUGUGUGGGCAAAACAUCAAGAGACCUCCAAACACGUAUUUCAGAACACCAGUGUGCAGGCAAAUCUGAUGAUUCAAGGAAUGCCCGUGUUCAACACUGAAAUUCACACAACCAUUUAAUCAACUACAGAAAUGCAAGACUUAUAGCCAGAGAAGACAGCACUCAAUACCGAAGAAUCUUGGAAUCAUCACUUAUCUCUAUAUCCAACAGUUUGAACCAGAACAAAGGCUUCUAUAAUAUAGUAAAAACCCUUGCCAAGAAAAUUCAUCGCUAUCCCACAUAAGAAUGGAGGAACAUUGCAGGUCUAUUCAUCCAAU